AUGUCCUAUCCCCUGUACGCCGCACGGUCAGCCCGUCAAGCUACUCAUAAUGCAAUUUGCCGACGUUUCGCCUCCGAUAUUUCGGUCACAAGAACCGGCAAACCCAUUCUCCGAGUAGAAGGUGGACGAUCGUCCCUUGGAGGUCACACUGCAACAGUUUUCGGCGCAACUGGGCAAUUGGGUCGGUAUAUCGUGAAUCGAUUGGCUCGCCAGGGUUGUACAGUUGUCGUACCAUUUCGUGAAGAAAUGACGAAACGCCAUUUGAAGGUGACAGGUGAUCUUGGUCGCGUCGUCUUUGUCGAAUAUGACUUACGGAACACGCCGUCGAUCGAAGCAAGCGUCCGACAUUCCGAUGUUGUCUAUAACUUGAUUGGCCGAGACUAUCCUACAAAGUGUGUUGCAAACCAUCAGUCGCAUGUCAUACGCAUAGCUAAGCCCUGGAUCAGGAACUUUUCUCUCAAUGACGUCCACGUGGAGGGCACCGAACGAAUCGUCGAAGCAGUCGCGAAAUACGAUGUUGAUAGAUACAUUCAUGUCUCCUCUCACAGCGCCAACCUGCAAUCUGCCUCCGAAUUUUACGCCACCAAGGCUCGGGGCGAACAAGUGGCCAGACGUAUUUUUCCGGAAGCUACUCUCGUUAGACCAGCACCAAUGUUCGGUUUCGAGGAUAACCUCCUACUUAAACUUGCCUCUGUUCUUAACCUUUUCACUGCCAACAAUAUGCAAGAAAAAUUUUGGCCAGUCCACUCAAUCGAUGUCGGCGCCGCAUUGGAAAAAAUGCUCUACGAUGAUUCCACAGCCGGUCAAACAUUCGAACUUUAUGGACCCAAAGAGUAUAGCAUGAGACAAAUUGCUACUAUGGUGGAUAAAGAAAUCUAUAAGCAGAGACGCCAUAUCAAUGUUCCCAAACGCAUCCUCAAGUCAAUUGCUGGAAUGUUGAACAAAACGCUUUGGUGGCACACAAUGUCGGCAGACGAGGUUGAGCGCGAGUUUAUGGACCAAGUUAUCGACCCCACGGCUAAGACUUUUAAGGAUCUUGGUAUUGAACCGGGAGAUAUUGCAAACUUCACAUAUCACUACCUGCAAGGAUUCAGAAGCCAGAACUACUACGACUUGCCCCCCGCAACAGAAAAGGAGAAACGAGAGGACAAGAAGUAUAUUCAUGUGCUGGAUGAGCUGUAG